AUGUGUACGUCUAAAACCAUAGUUCUUGCUCUCUUCGUUGCAACACUCAUGGCGUCUUGCAACGCGGCCACAAUAGCCACACCACAGCCACCGUUCCCGGCAAUUCUAAUCUUCGGGGACUCAACCGCAGACACAGGCAAUAACAACUACCAUUCACAGGCUGUCUUCAAGGCUAAGCAUCUCCCUUACGGCGUUGAUCUCCCCGGUCAUGAAGCUAACGGAAGGUUCUCUAAUGGAAAGCUGAUCUCUGAUGUUAUAGCCUCCAAACUUCACAUCAAAGAGUUUGCGUUUCUACAACCUAACAUCUCCGACCAAGACAUUGUUACUGGAGUCUGUUUCGCAUCUGCUGGUGCGGGUUAUGAUGAUCGUACCUCGCUCUCGAGCAAGGCGAUCCCGGUCUCAAAACAACCAAGCAUGUUCAAGGAUUACAUUGCUCGUCUCAAAGGUAUCGUAGGAGACAAGAAAGCGAUGGAAAUAAUUAAUAAUGCUUUAGUGGUCAUAAGCGCAGGAUCUAACGAUUUCAUCUGGAACUUUUAUGAUAUUCCCACUAGGCGUCUUGAGUAUCCUGAUAUCUAUGGUUACCAAGAGUUUGUUCUCAAGAGGCUUGACGGUUUUGUAAGGGAACUUUAUAGUUUAGGUAGCCGGAAUAUAGUUGUCGGAGGGUUGCCGCCAAUGGGAUGUUUACCGGUCCAAAUGACCACGAAAAUGAGAAAUGUUAUGAGAUUUUGUGUGGAACAAGAGAACACGGACUCAGUUUUGUACAAUCAAAAACUUGUGAAGAAACUGCCUGAGAUUGAAGCGUCUCUACCAGGAAGCAAGUUCCUUUACGCCAACGUAUAUGACCCUGUGAUGGAUAUGAUCCAAAACCCUAGCAAAUAUGGGUUCAAGGUGACGAAAAAAGGAUGUUGUGGGACAGGGUACUUAGAAACGGGCUUCAUGUGUAAUGUCAUUUCAAAGACAUGUCCGAACCAUUCGGAUCACUUGUUUUGGGACUCAAUUCAUCCCUCGGAAGCUGCUUACAAAUACCUAGGAAACUUUGUUGAUGCUCAGAUUCGAGGGUGGCUUAAGACGUAA